CGCGGCAAGAUGCUGGAUGGGCCCCUGCUGGCGCGCUGGCUGGCCGCGGCCUUCGCGCUGACGCUGCUGCUCGCUGCGCUGCGCCCCUCGGCCGCCUACUUCGGGCUGACGGGCAGCGAGCCCCUGACCAUCCUCCCGCUGACCCUGGAGCCGGAGGCGGCCGCCCACGCGCACUACAAGGCCUGUGACCGGUUGAAGCUGGAGCGGAAGCAGCGGCGCAUGUGCCGCCGGGACCCGGGCGUGGCUGAGACGCUGGUGGAGGCGGUCAGCAUGAGCGCGCUCGAGUGCCAGUACCAGUUCCGGUUCGAGCGCUGGAACUGCACCUUGGAGGGCCGCUACCGGGCCAGCCUGCUCAAGCGGGGCUUCAAGGAGACUGCCUUCCUCUACGCCAUCUCCUCGGCCGGCUUGACGCACGCGCUGGCCAAGGCCUGCAGUGCCGGCCGCAUGGAACGCUGCACGUGCGACGAGGCCCCGGACCUGGAGAACCGCGAGGCCUGGCAGUGGGGCGGCUGCGGGGACAACCUCAAGUACAGCAGCAAGUUCGUCAAGGAGUUCCUGGGCCGGAGGUCGAGCAAGGAUCUGCGAGCGCGUGUGGACUUCCACAACAACCUCGUGGGUGUGAAGGUGAUCAAGGCCGGGGUGGAGACCACAUGCAAGUGCCACGGCGUGUCGGGCUCCUGCACCGUGCGGACGUGCUGGCGGCAGCUGGCGCCCUUCCACGAGGUGGGCAAGCGCCUGAAGCACAAGUAUGAGACGGCGCUCAAGGUGGGCAGCACCACCAACGAGGCUACCGGCGAGGCAGCCGCCAUCUCACCACCACGGGGCCGGGCUGCAGGCACAGGCGGAGGCGACCCACUGCCCCGCACACCAGAGCUCGUGCACCUGGACGACUCACCCAGCUUCUGCCUGGCUGGCCGCUUCUCCCCUGGCACUGCCGGCCGCAGGUGCCACCGUGAGAAGAACUGUGAGAGCAUCUGCUGCGGGCGCGGUCACAACACACAGAGCAGGGUAGUGACGCGCCCCUGCCAGUGCCAGGUGCGCUGGUGCUGCUACGUGGAGUGCAGGCAGUGCACGCAGCGUGAGGAGGUCUACACCUGCAAGGGCUGAGCCCUGGGGCCGGCCGGGCUGCUGUGGGGGUGAGGGCAGUGCACACAGCGUGAGGAGGUCUCCACCUGCAGGGCUGAGCCCUGGGGCCGGCCAGGCUGCUGUGGGGGUGAGGGCAGUGCACGCAGUGUGAGGGUCUACACCUGCAGGGCUGAGCCCUGGGGCCGGCCAGGCUGCUGUGGGGGUGAGGGCAGUGCACGCAGUGUGAGGGUCUCCACCUGCAGGGCUGAGCCCUGGGGCCGGCCAGGCUGCUGUGGGGGUGAGGGCAGUGCACGCAGUGUGAGGGUCUACACCUGCAGGGCUGAGCCUUGGGGCCGGCCGGGCUGCUAUGGGGGUGAGGGCAGUGCACACAGCAUGAGGAGGUCUACAUCAGCAAGGGCUGAGCCCUGGGGCUGGCCGGGCUGCUGUGGGGAUGAGGGCAGGGCACACAGCAUGAGGAGGUCUACACCUGCAGGGCUGAGCCCUGGGUUGGCCGGGCAGCUGUGGGGGUGAGGGCAGGGCACUCAGCGUGAGGAGGUCUACACCUGCAUGGCUGAGCCCUGGGGCCGGCCGGGCUGCUGUGGGGAUGAGGGCAGUGCACCCAGUGUGAGGGGUCUACACCUGCAGGGCUGAGCCCCCAGGCUGGGCACCCCCAGCACAUUUGGGCACGAGGCAAGGGCAGGAGCCCGGGGGUUAGCUGGGUUGGCCAUCUCUGCUCCUAUGUCUCCCCGCUCAAAGGCCCAGUCUGACCUCUGCAUCCCCUCUCCUUUUCCCCCUGCCCGUGACCCAAGAGUGUUGCACCGAUGCUUACCAAGCCGUGUCUGUCCCUAAGUCGCCAGUUUUUGGAAGCAGUGCCCCUCCCUGCUCUGGGCUCCCACGAGGAGCGGUGUCUUGACCACACGGGGCCUCUGCGCGGCCGCCGUGGGCUGCCUGCACUGCACCAGCACUGGCUUAGAGAGAAACCACUACGAGAGAGACGGCCGGGCCACCCAGGUGCGGGGACACUGCUGUCCCCCUCUGACAUCAAGCACUUCUCUUUGGAGUGAUAUCAGUGACUUUUAAGUUAUUUUUAUUUAAUAUAUAAUUAUUAUUUCUCCAUCCCUGCAGUCUUCCAGGCUGUAGCUCCUCCCUCUUGGCGAGCCUGGUCUGGAGGGGUCCUUCUCUCCCCACCACCCUGCCUAACCUCUUUGCCUGAUCUGCUUUGUCCUUUGAAACCACUAAAUCAAGAAAGAUGUCGCUGUUCUUGUUUGUGAAGAAGUAAAAUGAGCUGGGUCAGGCCACCACCCUCAGGGUUUCUGGGAGCCAGGUCCCCGUGGUCCACCCACUGCCCCCAGCGAGGCCGGCCAGGAAGUAGGCAGGCCCUGCUCUGCACUCUUUGGGCACACAGCCCUGCACUCUGGGCUCCGAAAUGCAGAUUCUGGGGCCGGGGGUCGCCUGCUCUCCCCCCAGGGGUGAGCAUGGGCAGAGGGACAGGGCCAACCCCUGGGGGGUUCAUUUCACCUGGAAGGCACAGCUUGCCCUGUGACUGUGGGGCAGGUGGGGUGGGGACAGAUGUGGGUAGAGAGCUGGGGGCUAGGAUUUGGCAAAUGAAGACUGUGUCCCCUGGACAUGCUGUUGUCUUUGCAGGGAGGGGAGAAGGUUGGCUUAACCUGACCUGGUUUGAGUGUGCCCACAUAUGUGUAUGUGAGUGUGUGUGUGCAUGCGUGCGUGUUUGGUGUGUGCCUGUGCAUGAGUGUAUGUGUGUGCAUGCAUGUGCCUGAGCACAUGGACGUGUCUGCAUAUGUGGUGUGUACACACAUAUGUAUGUGUGUGUGUGCAUGCGUGCAUGAAUAUACUUGCAUGUUUGGUGUGCGUGCAUGCAUGAGUGUGUGUGCAAUGUGUGGUGUCUGCAUGAGCAUGUGUGAUGUGUGUGCCUGGGAGUGAGCAUAUGCAUGUGUUUGUGCAUGAGUGUGAGUGUAAUAUGUGGGUACUGGCAUGUGCACGUGUGGUGUGUGCUGUAUGCACGUGCGUGAAUGUGCACGCGAGCAUGUGUGUGCAUGUGCACAUGUGUGCAUGCCUGUGUGUGAGCAUGUGUCUGUGCAUGUGCGUGGUGUGUGUGCCUGUGUGCACUGUCUUGGCAUGGUCAGUGGUCAGCGGUCAGCUGGGGUGUGGCCUCCGCUCUGUACCCUUCCUCGCUGUGGGGCUCUCCUUCCUGUGUCAGCAUGAAUGGCAGCCUUGGCUCCUGGAGCCUUCAGCUCUGGGCCCAUCCUGCUGGUUCGGUGGCUGUGCUCCGAGGGUGCGGGCUGGGGUCUGGGUGGGCGCAGAGCCGGGCUGCAGUGUAGACGUGGGAACUACUGAACAGGGGGUUCCUUAGAGUCUGGGGGGCUCCAGGAACCCUGGGGGACUGUUGUUUUUUAAAAGCAAACCUAUUUAUGUUGAUGUGGGUCUCUUUGUCCCUGUUUUAUAGUGUAAAUAGUAAAGUUAUUCUCCUGUGGUUCAGACAACAUCCCCGUGAAUAGCUGUGUGCAGACGGGUGAUGCGGGGGCCCCUCCCUGGAAGGGAGCAAGGGUGGGCUCCGUGGUGGCGGGUGACGUGGGUCUGUGCUUCCGUCUCCUGCAGGCCUGGCGAGAGAGGGUUGGGGGGCCUAUGGUGCCUCCUGGUUGUCCCCAAGUCUCCCCACCCGCUGGGGCCUGAGUGGGCAGAGCUGGCCAUGCUCUGGGACAAGACUGUAGCCGGUCACUACUGGGUCUGGAAAGGCGGCAAGUGAGAGGAAGGAUUUUUUUUUUUUUUUUUUUAUCAAAUACCACGUUUAGCUCUAAGUCAUAAAUAUUAAGAAAAGUAUUUUUUUGAACAAGGCGGACUAGAAACGUCUGCUGGCUGGUCUGUGUAUGUAUAAACAUAUAUCAGAACGUCUUGCUGAGGGAAGAAGCAGCUCCCGCUGACGGAGCCUCUUGUCAACUUGCUUGUCUUCCACGGGGCAGAGCAUCUCGAGAACAAAGUGCGUUCUGUGGUGGGGCUCGGCCUGCCGGGGGCCACGGGGGCAGGAGCCGCACUGCGGGCCAGGCGGGUCCCGGCCACGCGAGACGUGGGCUCCAGGCUUGGUGUGGCCAGUUCCGCGGGGCGGGAGGAGAGGGGCAUUCACACACGGGAACUCGGCUGUGUUCCGAGUCUUGUGGGAGCCUGUCGGUUUCUCUACCUCAUCUGUACAGUGAGUAGGUGUGCACUCGGGUGACUUGGAGAAUGUAUUUAUUUAACAGUUUGUGUAACAGAACAGAAACAAGUGGAAACACUAAAUAAAUGUAUUUUAAAUUAUAGCUUCAUCUCAGUCAGCUGCCUUCAGAGGGAUUCUGGUGGUCCGGCCCCGGA